AUGUUCAACAUCCAAGGCAAUAAGGUCGCUUGGAUCUACAACUGGUGGCAGCUGCCCGAGGGCCCUGGUCAGGGUCCUGUUGGCACUCCCUUCUGGGAGUACGUUCCCAUGCUGCACUCUGACCGCCCGGACCAUACCAACACCUGGUUUCAGAACGUCGAAAAAUGUGCGGGCGUCAAUCCUGCCGGCGCUAUUCAUGUUCUCUCAUUCAACGAGCCUGACCAGUGCGGUAACGGGGGUUCUUGCAUGCGCGACUACGUCCAGGCUGCGAAUGCCCACAAGACAUGGGUCCAACCUCUCGUCGACAAAUAUGGUUCACGCCUAUAUGUCGGCACUCCAGCUGUCACGAACGGUGUCCAAGCUCCCGACGGUGGUCCAAUGGGCCUUCCUUGGCUUCGAGAAUUCAUGAAGCACUGCGAUGGAUGCAAGUUCGACUACGUGGUCAUUCACUGGUACGACUCCUCUCGCAACGUGGAGUACUUCAAGAAACAGCUCCAGGACGCUUGGAAUGAAUUUCAGAAGCCCAUCUGGAUUACUGAAUUUGGUGCCACCGGCCGCGUCGACGAACAGCUCGGUUUCCUCCAUGAGGUUCUCCUCUGGAUGGAUGCUUAG